GAAGAAAAUGUUUAGGCUGUCAACUCUCUCCAUCCACCAUGCAGAGCUGCAGUGCCCUCCCUCCCCAUGCCAGACAGUGUGCGGAGGAUGUUCAGAGAUCAGGAAGAGAAGGAAACAGUGGUGGAUGACAGCAGUAAACAUGGAGGCCGCCUGCGGACAUAUCCUCAUGAACGAGGCAACUGGGCAACCCAUGUGUACGUACCGUAUGAAGCUGGGGAGGAUUUUCUGGAAUUACUGCAGCUCCUCCUGUUGUGCGGGCGCACUUACAUGCCUCUGCUGAUGGGACAGGAGGAAUUCCACAUCAGUCUCUCCCAAGGGGUGGUGUUGCGCCAUCACUGGAUCGACCCUUUUGUCCAGUCCCUCAAGGAACGCUUGGCUUCCUUCCACAGGUUCAUCUGCAGAGCAGAUCAAGUGAAGGUUUAUACCAACCAGACCAAAACCAGGACCUUUGUUGGCUUAGAGGUCUCUUCCGGACAUUCUCAAAUCCUGGAGUUGGUUUCAGAAGUGGAUCAAGUUAUGGAGGAAUUUAACCUAAUGCCUUUUUACAAGGAUCCCUCGUUCCACCUCAGCCUCGCCUGGUGUGUGGGGAACAUGUCGGAAGCACUUGAAGGCAAAUGUAUUCAGGAGUUGCAGGAGAUUGUGGAUGGAUUUGAGGACUCUUCAUACUUUCUGCGAAUCCCUGGGACUGAAGUCCGUUGCAAAUCUGGCAAUAAGAUUUUCUCAUUCCCUCUGCGAUAGAAGCCCAGGAACAAUAAUCAGCCAGCUUGGGAUGGGCACGAUCAGCCCUUUUCCAAACAUGGUCAGAGGCGCCGCUGCAUUCGCAUUCGGCGCAGCAGCAGCAACCCUUCCAACGAGCACAUUUCAGGACCACGGCCCUCCAGACCUCUGCCAGUCCAGGUCCUACCGAAUGUGCUUCCAUUUCAUUCCACUCCAAUUCUCAGCUGCCUGGGGAAGCUGCACAUCUGUCUCUCCAAAUGUGGGAGAGAGCCAGGUCAGGUCUUCCUCAAGCUGCAGGACUUUGUCUUGUCGGAGGCUCAUCUGGAGGAUGACAGGCUGUGGGUGGGACGCCUUGGACAUGUCUGUCCUUAACGCGAGACACCUGGCCUGUCAGCACUCCUGCUGGCGUCCGGCCCUUCCGAGGGUGAACCACAGUUAAAAUGAAGAAAAGGAGAGACAAUUUUCUUCAUGGUCCAUUUCAGAAACUUUGUGGCUUUCUUUUAAUGGGCUAUAUUUAUUUUGUCAAACCACCACACUAGUCAGUGCUGGCUUUCUAAAGCCUCUGGAAGCCCAUGUGCUGGUCAAGAGUGUCCCAUCUCCCCCAGGCAGCCCUGCUCUGCGUUCCCCCAAGCCCCAAGAUUCCAAAUUGGGGGGGGGGGAAAUAUGGCUAUUAAAAUGGUUUACGGACAGAGGUACUUACCGGAGGAAGCAAUGGCCAUCUGCAAAGCUUCCAGCUAAGGGAGCACUGGUGUGACUGCUCUUUUAGAAAAAACAAAUAUUUGUGUUCUUGCAUCUUUUGCUCAGCAGUGAAGGGGCCAGGCCCAACCUGUUGAUGCAACUCUGGAAGGGUAUAAAGCUUGGUGUUGUGCCUUGAUGCAUAAUCAAGAAGUUUGUUUACAGAGCUUUGAUUGUAGAGAAACAUUAGCCUGGCUCUGUAUACAACUACAGAUAAAGCAUGUGGUGGUUAUGAGGUUGGCCAAGCCUAUCUUUGUGCCCAGAAGGGUUCCAUGGUUAACGCAGAACAGGAAGAAAAGAACCAAAUGCCAGCUAAGUGCAUUCUCUGCCUUGAUAUGAUUUAUACUCAGUUUAAAGAGGAAAGAAACAUCCAAAGGAAAAGUGAGGAAAACGUGAUGUGGAUUAGGUCUUGACUCUGCUUCCAAGCAGCUGUUUGGAAUCGAACCCUUUUGCGGGCACCAAGCCUUGGGCUGCACGUGUAAGAAUAAUUGGGAAGGUGCUAGGUCAGGCGCUGGCUCAUCUCUCUCACCUCUGGGGCGUAUUUUUUUUUUUUUUUUAA